AUGUCUCAAGAGCAAAGUAAAAGAAUAGCAAUAAUUGGAAGUGGAUGCGCUGGAUUGGGAGCGGCAUGGUUGUUAUCGGAACAUUCUCCGCAUAAUGUUACUAUUUAUGAGCAAAAUGAUUAUUUGGGAGGACAUACUCAUACGGUUGAUUUUACAGUUCCUUCUACAAAGUCCUCUAAUUCUCCGCUUACAACGCCGGUCGACACCGGAUUCAUUGUAUUUAAUCAUGUUACGUAUCCAAACCUUAUUAAGUUUCUUCAACAUAAAAAUGUUGAAUACAUAGGUUCUGACAUGGGUUUUAGCGUAUCAAGAAACAAAGGAGAAUUUGAAUGGGCGGGAAAAAAUAUAUUUACAGUCUUUGGGCAACCAGAGAAUUUAUUGAAUUUGAAUAUGUGGAAAACUGUUUUUGAUAUUAUGAAAUUUAAUUUUCACGCAACUGAUUUAUUAGAAUUGGAAGAUGAUCAUCCCGAAAAAAAAAUGAAACUGGGAGAAUAUUUGGAUUUACAUGGAUACUCUUCAGCAUUUAGGGAUAAUUAUCUUUUGCCGAUGACUGCGGCGAUUUGGUCUACUCCGCCGGACAAGUGUGCGCUUGACUUUCCCGCAUUGACGUUAAUACAAUUUAUGCAUAAUCAUUUUUUCCUCCAAGUAAUGAAUCGCGUUCAAUGGCUUACUAUAAAAAAUGGAAGUCGCAAAUAUGUGGAAACGAUCGUUCCACAUAUUCAUAGUGUACGACUUUCAACAAAAGUAACAUCAAUCACACGUAAAUCAUCAAAUCCUUCGGAUCCUUCUUCACCACCAAUCAUUAUUAUUACAGAUAGCAAUGGGGGACGCGAAGAGUUCGAUCAUGUAAUUUUCGCCACUCAUGCUGAUCAAGCUAUACAAAUUUUGGGUGACCAAGCUACCGAUGACGAAAAGCGUAUUUUGGGAAAAGUUCGUUUUAAUAAAAAUCGCGCCGUGUUACACUCCGAUCUUUCGUUAAUGCCAAAGCGCCGUUUCGCGUUCUCUGCUUGGAACUAUAUUACCAAAUCUACUGAAAAUUCUCUUAACACUGAUCAAGUUUCUUUGACUUAUGACAUGAACAUUUUACAAUCAAUCGAUGAAUCAGUUUAUGGGCCGGUUCUUGUAACUUUGAACCCUCUUUACGAACCCGAUCCAUCAAAAGUCGUAGGUUCGUGGUCAUAUGACCAUCCGUUAUACACACCAGAAACAAUUGCAGCACAAGCUGAAUUGCGUACUAUCCAAAAUCUUCCAAAUCUUGCUACAACAUUUGCAGGAGCCUGGACAAAAUAUGGAUUUCACGAAGAUGGUUUUACUUCGGGUUUAAAGAUUGCCAAUGAAUUUUUGGGUGCUUCAUCACCAUUUGGAAUAAUUGAUGCCACUCAUAUUAGAGGAAGACAAGCUGAAUUAAAUUUAACUGAGAAAGUACAAAAAAGACUUUGGAUUUGGUUUGAAAUGUGGGUGGAAAUGUUAUGCGUUAUAUUAACUAUAACGAAAGUUUAUUACGAAAUGGCCUACAAAUGGACUAAUCAAAAGAAGAAAGAUUAA